AUGCAUGAGUACUUCAAUGCGAACAAGCCACAAGGUAGCACAAGAAGUCAAAAUGCUAUACAAAACAGAUGGCUGUUGAUCCAAAAAUGUGUUAACAAGUUCUGUGGCAUAAAGUCUGCUAUUGAUCGGAGGCAUGAGAGUGGUAAGAAUGAGGCAGAUAGGAUUGAGGAUGCAAUCAACAUGUACGAAAGGAAGGGACCAUUCCAGUUCCUUCAUUGCUGGAAAAUUUUGAGAGACCAAGCAAAAUGGAACGACAAGCUACUGGAGCUCAACAAUAAUGGAGGGAAAAACAAUGAAGACAAUGUGGCUGAACCAGGUUGCGAGGGCGAACUUCCAUCUGAAAAGAAUGUGCAUGAUAGGCCAGAGGGUCGAGAUACUGCCAAACGUAGAAGCAGAAGGGAAUCUGAAUCAUCUGCCAGCACUGCAUUUGAAGUCCUACAGCACAUACAUGACAACAGGGAGAAGAGCCAGCUGAAAGAAGAGGAACAACUACAACAAAUUUUGAAUAGGAAUGAUGAGAAGUUGAACCUACAAAGGGCGGUGCUCAAAGUCCAGAUGGACGCCAUAGAGUUGAAAAAGUAG